CUACUUUCUUCGGUGCGGAGAGUUAUAGUUUGUCGACGUGUGCAGGAAGGCUGAUCAUUCCUCCAUCAUCUGCCAGUGGCGGACGGAAAGGAAAUUCCAAAAUUAUUCCUUUAUUCUUGUCCCCGAGUAAAGGCUCGAGGGCUUCCAAGAGGGGUAAACGGCUCACAGAAAAGUGUGAGCCUACGGAGGAGCGCCAUGGCUCGUCUGGUUGCCGUAUAUCGGGAGGAAGAGUACGAGUUUGACCGAAGACAGAUCCCGUUGGUCAUCGAUGAAACUCUGACGAUGGUUAUGGAGUUUCAGGAUGGAGGAUUUAGCAUGGACUACCACAAUGUCAAGCAGAAGGAGUUGGACAGUUUCCACCAGAAGCUGGAUGUGCUGUCCAAGGACGAGCUGGCCGUGGAACUCAUGGUGACCAGCAAACAGCUGUUCCGAGCGCUGUCCCAGUUGGUGCCCUGUGUGGGCUGUCGGAGAAGGGCUCGGCUCCAAGACGUGAUGGAAUCCAUCCCGAAGAGCAGCAAGAAGAACAACCGCUGCCUGCUGCACUCCUUGGACACCCACAAGGCCAAGCUGACUGGGAGCUGGAUUGACGUGUGGGAGCUGUUAUCGCAGGACUGUCGGGACGAGGUGGUGCUCAUCAACUGUGAGAGCCUGCUGGAGACUAUGGAGACCUACCUCAGGAAGCACAGGUUCUGUACAGAGUGCAAGUCGAAGGUGCUGCGUGCCUACAGUCUGCUGACUGGAGACAUUGACUCCACCAAUGAGAAGGGCUACUGCGCCACGCUGUACGAGGGCCUGCGCUGCUGUCCCCACGAGAGACACAUCCAUGUGUCAGGCGAGACAGACUUCAUCGCUCACCUGAUCGGGAGAGCUGAACCUGAGUUAGCUGGAAGAUUCUCUUCCAGCCGACGGGAGCGCCACGCCAAGACGAUCGACAUCGCGCAGGAGGAGGUGCUGACGUGCCUGGGGAUCCAUCUGUACGAGAGGCUGCACCGCAUCUGGCAGAAACUACGCGCCGAGGAACAGACCUGGGAGAUGCUAUUCUACGUGGGGGUGGACACCUUGCGCAAGAGCUUUGAGAUGGCUGUGGAGCAGAAGCAAGGCUUCACCCAGCUGGAGCAGCUCUGUCUGGAGAUCAAGGAGGAGGAGAGGGCUCGGGAGCUCAAGCAGGAGAAGAAACGUCUCAAGCGCAAGAAACGCAAGAACAAGAAUGCCGCUGGGGACCGGGACGAGAAGGCUGAAGACAAGGUGACUUGCACUGGGGAGGAGGAGAAGGAGAACUGCAAGUGCAAUGACGUGGACGUCAACAGUAGUUGCACUGCCAAUGGUGGGUGUUCAACCUACGACCUUCCAAGCGACGACGACGUCGCGUCUUCCACGUGUUCCUGCCCUUCCAACCGGCUCCACCCGUCCUCCUCGAAGGGAAACUCGUGCAGAAGCUACCGGAGCGACUGCGGCUACUCCAGUGGCGUGGAGGGGAGCGAGAGUCUGAGCGGACACAGUUCCAGAGACGGGUCCGACAUUGCGUGUUCCGAAGGAAUCUGUAACCAUGGGUCCAUAGGUGACAUUAGUGGAGAGCCAUGUAGUCACUGUGACGAGAUAGAUGAUCCUGGCUGUAGCGACUGUCAGUCCAACUCCAGCUCUGGAUCCUCUCCAACCUCCAAGAUCGCCAGUAAGAAAGCUCAGGGCAAGAAGGCAAAGAAGAAAGCAAGUGAAAAGAAAUCCGGUGAAAGUAAGGCAGGACAGGGCCUGGUGAACGGGGAGAGAAGGAUGCCGCCUCCCUCCUCGGCUCCGCCAUCGUCCCUGGGUUGGCAGAGCAGUCUACAGGACAUGCUAGAGGAGUCUUGUCCGUCAGAAGACGAAGACUUCAUCUCAGAAGAGGACAUCCAGCUCUUUAAAGCCAACCAGAAGCACCUGGACAAAGAGCGGGAAAAGUUGCGGGAAACACUGCGGAAAAGAUUUGACAGCUUCCAGCGUCGAGAGUUAGGGGGCAAAGCGUGUGCUGAGAAGGCCUCCGCAAAAUAGUUUAACCUACCAGCACUUGAUACUCAAAAUCCCAGUUCUUACACUUCUAAUUUCUUCCUGGCAAUGCUGCUAGAUGCCUACUACAAUAUUUCCUAUGGAAAUAAAUCUAUACUACAGCUUCCUAUGCCUGCAUUCAAAUGAGCUAAAAUUCACUAUUCAGCAAGAAAACUGUGAUCAGGGGGAAUGUACAUUUUUUCUGAAUGGGUAGCACUAACUCAGAAAACUGAACCAGAAUGUUAUGAAUAUUGGAAUUUGCAUGAACCUUAAACAAAAGUCUACUUGUGAGGUAGGACAUGACAUCUGUUACAGAAAGGUUAGAUAUAGAGUGAAUGCUGCCACUGAACUUGACAGUCUAUAGUCUAGAACUUUGUAGGAGAGGAGGCCAGGAAUAGGUAUUUCACACUCAAGCUUUUAUCAUAGCUAAAAUGCAUGCCUUACCAGGCAACCUGCUAUUCUUCCACAUCCUAUCUGCUAUUGCAAAACCAAAGAAUCUGGUGCUGACACACAAAUAAACAUCUUACUAAUAAUCAAGGAAACUGCAUCUGAAAAAGUGUCUUCUGCUGUAAACGUUAACAAAGACCUGGACCAGAGAACUGUUGGAUUUUUCAAAGGACCACUUUGCAUAGUUGGUUUGUUCCAUCAGGUGGUGAUAUACACAGUAACUGCCUUUAGAAGUGAGCAAAGAAAGGAAAAGUCGUAGAUAGCAAAAAGUACAGGACAGUACAUUAUCACAGUGAUGUUUUAUGCUGCCCAGUGCACCCCUCAUUACAGUGUAGAAUGAUCCAUGAUGCCUCAGGUUGGACUGUUCCAUGACAGUUGAGGGGUAGUAAGGUUGGUUAAAUGUGUUGGGAAUUGUGCCAAAGGGCAAAGCAUGCCUUCACCAUGAGGGAGGAAUGGCAAAAGAUGGAGGAGUUGUGCAUUGAAAAGAAGUCCUAGAUCCAGAGUAACUCACACAGAAUGAAUAAAGAAUUAUUAAAUACUAA